AGAAAGAUGCGGACGUGACGUCAUGGUGUUUACAAUGCACGGCUGACGCACAAGCGAGCGUGAACUACCGAAGGCGAACUAAAUACAAUAUCUCCUUGUUUUUACACAUUUACCUGCUGAGUUUGGUCGUAGUUGUCGUACUUCAAUGGGUGCACACGGGGUUUUGGGGAACGAGCCCGAGUCUAUAGACUACUCGGUGCACGAAGCCUGGAAUGAGGCCACCAAUGUCUACCUGCUGGUUAUCCUGGUCAGCUUCGGUCUGCUGAUGUACGCCAGAAAAAACAAGAGGAAGAUCAUGCGCAUCUUCACUCUGCCUCCCACCGUCGGCAGCAGCCCGGAGCCCAACUUCUACGACAGUCUGCAGAAGGUCCGCCUGCGACAGCAGCUUGAGAUGUACUCUCUGGCCAGAAAAUUUGAGCAGCAGCAACAACAACAAGGCCAGACAGAGAGUGUGCAGCUCUCCAUGGAAUGAGUGGUGGGCACUGCUCCCUCUCUGUCAGAGAAACACUCCUGCAUCUUAAAGCCAUCUGUACAUGGAUAGGAAAGGACGUGAGUGGCUGUCAUGUUCAGAGAUCGUGAAAUAGACACUUCUCCUGUCCUGCGUGUUUGUGUUUGGCUCCUAGAAAGCGACACGUCUCCCUUCACCUCCUGUUGUCUCUUCUUUGUCUGAACACAUGGAGCAGAUACAGCUGGGUGGAUGAAUUAAAGCCAGGAAGGCUUAUGGGAGUGCAGCGUUUUACAGUAGUAGUGACACUAACACAGUGAGAGUAAUGAUAAACCUGUAACCACAGCAGAUGUCACUGGGGGGUUGUCAGUGUGGCAUGAGGAAAAAAAAGUCCCCACUUAAGAAUUUAGAUGUUUUUUUUACUUGUUUAAUGUUUGUGAGAUAUGUUUUGUGUCAGGUGGUCAGUAAAAUUAAAAUUCUCAAAUGUAAAAAUAAAGACACAUAUACCUAAA